AUGUCUGAAGAACCCAGAGUGGAACGUUUAAGCCCUACUUCUGAGGCUUCUAACACCUCAGCCGCCUCAGAUGGUCCACCACCAACACAAAAAGAUGGCCCUGAAAAUCUUGACCAAAAACUGAAGAUGAAAAGGAAAGAGAAAAUUGUCAUCGAUGAUUCUGAUGAUGAUGAUACUCAACAACCACCACCACCACUAGCCGUCAAAUCAUCUUCGUCGCUAUCACAAAGUUCUCGGCUCCUACUUGAUCUGAAGCUUUGCAACGACGACUCUGCUCAUGGGUUAGGGUCGUCGUCGUCGAGGCUUGAACUCAGCCUGUUCAGUCCUUCGAACCUGGGUUCUUCCAACGCGGGCUCAUCAAACCCGGUCUCAGGGUACUCUCAACCCAACGAGACCACAGACGAGAAGCCACGAGGCAGUGAUGACAAAAGAUCCCAACCUAGGGUUUUCACAUGCAACUUUUGCAAGAGGGAGUUCUCUACUUCUCAAGCAUUGGGAGGGCAUCAAAACGCUCACAAACAAGAGCGCGCCUUGGCCAAAAGGCGGCAAGGAGGACUUGAAAAUAUGGGAGGUGUCUUGGGACAUUCACCCUUUUCUUAUUACAACCCAUAUUCCAGUCUCUCAUCACCCUCUCUCUAUGGAUCUUUCAAUAGAUCUCUUGGGGCUCAACCUGGAAGGCCUUCCCAAUCCACUAUUGAUAGGCUCAACUUGGAGGGCCUUCAUGCUAAUGCUCAUAGUGGAAUAUUAGGGCUUCCAGGAACCAGUAGCGCUUCAAAGUUUGAUCAGGAAAUCGGUGUAGUUUGCAACUUUGGUGGUUCGAGUUCGAAUUGUGGAAUCAACAGGCCAAUCCGUGAGCCUCCAACAUCCGAUACCGAUGCUGCUGGCCUAGAUCUGUCUCUUAAGCUUUAG